UCCCAGUCCACAAUUCAUUAGCAAACCAGCCGUGGUGCUUUUAAGAAGAUGGCAAUCAGCUUCUUCACCCUUGCUGCCUGUCUCCUAGGAUGCCACCUCUAUGCUGAAUGUGCAGUUUUUGUUAACAAGAAUGAGGCAAAUGCUCUAUUGCACCGACAUAAGAGGCACAAUACUGGCUUACUGGAAGAAGUUCUGCAAGGAAACCUUGAGCGUGAGUGUAUUGAGGAAGUAUGCAAUUAUGAGGAAGCAAGAGAAGUCUUUGAAGACGACUUGCAAACGAUCAUAUUUUGGAAUACAUACACUUACGGUGGCGAGGGAUGCAAGUCAAGACCAUGCAUGAAUGGUGGAACAUGUCAAUGCCGACCCAAUGACUACCUAUGUCUGUGCCUAGAUGGAUAUGAAGGAAGGAACUGUGAGAUUGACCUUGCAUGCUCAGCGAAGAAUGGAGGUUGCAAGCAGAUAUGUGAGAAUGGCCCUACAGGGAGGGCAGUCUGUUCCUGUGCUCCUGGGUACAGACUGAUGGAAGACCAGAAGAGUUGUGAACCAACAGUGCCCUUUCCAUGCGGGAGGAUUGGAGCUCCAGAGGCAAUGAACAACAGAAGCAGCAAUGCUACCAAUGACCCCAGAGAAGUGUCUGUCAAUAAAGCCCAGAUUGCUCUUGUGGGACCAACGCCUCCCGGGCCAAUAAACACAAACAGCAAGAAGGGGGAAGUUCCGUGGCAGGUUUAUAUGCUCAGCUAUGAGAGAAAAGAACUGUGUGGUGGCACAAUCAUCAAUGAGAAGUGGAUUGCCACCGCAGCACACUGCAUUGACUAUGGGCUACACACUGUUGUGGCAGGUGAGCACAAAAUGGAUGCUUUCGACCACACUGAACAACAACGUCGGGUGGUAAAGGCGAUUCGCUACCCUGCAUACAACAUUACCCACAAGUACCACAAUGACAUUGCACUUCUUGAGCUGGAUUCACCGCUGCAGCUGAACCAUUACAUCACCCCGAUUUGCCUUGCGGGUGAGAAGUUCACAAACAACCUUCUGCAGCAUGGAUCAGGCACGGUGAGCGGUUGGUGGAGACCAAAGGACCAAGGAAAAAGAGCCAGUGUCCUCCAGGUUCUGAAGGUGCACCGUGUUGACCAGACCACUUGUCAGAGGGAUAACGAGUCUACCCUCUUGCCAAACAUGUUCUGUGCUGGUGUCUCUGCCACAGCUAAGAAAACGCACCAGGGAGGCAGUGGAGGCCCUUAUGCCAUAGAUGUGGAAGGCACCUGGUUCCUAACAGGCAUAGCGAGCAGCUGCGAAGAGUGUGCAUUGAAGGGCGAUUAUGAUGUCUUCACUGGAGUUGCAGAUUAUGUUCAGUGGAUAAGAAACACAACAAAGCUUGCAUAAUUUAGCCAGGGGCUAGAUGUCUUCAGUUCCUUAAAAUAAUCAUCUCAUGGUGGUGUAAGGUUGGGCGGGGGAAUAUAAUCAUCCUAAGGUAUUGUUCUGAAUUUGUUUUCUAGAAUUAAAAACAAAGAAGGAAGCCCAGCAGCACAAAUCUGAAAACAGUUUGCAUAGGAAUUGUUGUCCGGAAGAGUAAGGAUAGUUAAAAGGUAGUAGAAGGCCAAUAUUUAGUAUCACAAGCCACACCAGAUUCAGCUCACAACCCGUUUUUCAAAAGUACCUCCGCAGGUUGUUAUAAAGCAAAGUUCUGUAAACUACUUUGGAAACUUAGCAUUUUAAUGCUCUUGCCAUGCUAUCAGCACUUAUUACGUGUAUAAGAAUGAAGUGCCAUAAAACCACAAAUAAAUUACCGCAUUAAAAACA